UGGUGGUUAUGUUCGGAGGUUCUGGUGUCAGUGGACUCCUCUGUCCGCACAGCUGGUCCUUCUGUAAAGGCCAUGUGGAGGAGGAGCUCCGGUUUGAAGAACCACUGUUAGCAUAGAGCCGGUUGUUGGUGGGUUAGUUGGGUUCUGUCAGUUAGUUUAGUUCGGUUAGUUAGCUUAGUUAGCUUAGUUCGGUUAGUUAGCUUAGUUCGGCUUAUUUGUUGUAGUUUUAGUUUGUUUUGUUCAGUUUCAGAUGUGUUCAGUGUCUGUCAGAGGAGUGUCCGUCAGUUUUCCAUUCACUCCAUAUGAAUGUCAGAAGGAAUACAUGAACAGAGUGAUGGACUGUCUGCAGAAGAAGGUGAACGGUGUGUUGGAGUCUCCCACAGGUACAGGUAAAACCCUGUGUCUGCUGUGUGCCACUCUGGCCUGGAGGGAACACUUCAAAGACACCAUCUCAGCCAGAAAGAUCACACAGAGGCUGAAGGGAGAGGAGAUGUUCCCCAGUACAGGCACGGCAUCAUGAAGUACUGCAACAGACGGAGACACCCCAGCCUACUACACAGACGUUCCCAAGAUCAUCUAUGCAUCCAGGACACACUCUCAGCUGGCACAGGUCAUUGGUGAAUUAAAGAAGAUCUCAUACAGGCCAAAGGUAUGUGUACUGGGGUCCAGAGAACAGCUGUGUAUAAACCAGGAGGUGAUGCGUCAGGAGAACAACCACAUGAAAGUCCACAUGUGUCGGUCUAGUUCCACCAGGUCCUGUGUCUACUAUAACAAUGUUGAAGAGAAAAGCUCAGAUACAGACCUGGUUCACUCCAUCCUGGAUGUAGAAGAUCUGGUCAAAUAUGGAACCAAACACAGGGUGUGUCCGUACUACCUGUCCCGGUCCAUGAAGCAGCAGGCAGACAUCAUCUUUAUGCCCUACAACUACCUGUUGGAUCCAAAGAGCCGCAGGACACACAACAUUGAGCUGAGUGGAGCUGUGGUCAUCUUUGAUGAGGCCCAUAAUGUGGAGAAGACCUGUGAAGAGUCCACGUCCUUUGACCUGACUCCGUACGACGUGUCGUCGUCCAUUAAAGCUGUGGACGCUCUGCUGAUGGACAAGGUUAAAGACGCACAAGGAGACGACCUGUCCGACUGCAACAUGGAGUCACUGAGCUCAGGGUUGAAAGUCGAUGUAACGGCCAUCGCCAAAAUCAAACAGAUCUUUCUGGAUCUUGAAGCUGUCAUCGACUCUUACGAUGUUCCAGUCGACAAAGGAAUUACAAAACCAGGAAUUUUCAUCUAUGAACUCCUGGAGCGAGCCCACCUGACUUACAGCAGCAAGACAGCUGUGGCUGAAGCACUGGAGCAGAUCAUCUCCUUCUUAUCUGGAAAACCUGGGAUCUUCCUGAACACCAGUGGUCUGCAGAAGCUGGCAGAUAUCAUCCAAUUAGUGUUUUGUGGUGAACCAUCUGAGAAGGACCAAGCUCAGCAGAUGCACCUGAACACGGCUCAGUUUAAGGUUCACAUCCACCCAAACAUCAGCUACCGCGACAGAAAAGCCACCGCUGACGUCUGGGUUUCAGCGUCUGCAAAGAAACAAGGGAACAUCCUCAGUUACUGGUGCUUCUCUUCAGGGUUCUCCAUGCAGGACCUGGUCCACCAGGGGGUUCGCUGUAUCAUUCUGACCAGUGGAACUCUGUCCCCUCUGGCCUCCUUCACCUCAGAGAUGAGAAUUGAGUUCCCCGUGCAGCUGGAGAACAGCCAUGUGAUCGAACGAGACCAGAUAUUUGUGAGCGUCAUUGACCGUGGUCCUGACGGAGUCCACCUGAGUUCAGCAUUUGAUCGAAGGUUUGUUCCUGAAAACAUGGCCUCGUUAGGAAACACUGUGGUGAAUCUGAGUCGAGUGGUUCCUCAUGGACUCCUGGUUUUUUUUCCUUCAUUUCCUUUAAUGGAAAAGACUCUGGAUUUCUGGAGAACUCAUGGACAUGCAGAUCGCAUCGAGAACAUCAAGCCCAUGUUUGUUGAACCCAAAGGAAAAGGAACAUUCAAUGAGGUGAUUGAUGGAUUUUACUCCAGAGUCAAUGAUCCUUCAUCCAAAGGAGGGAGUUUCUUCGCUGUGUGUCGAGGGAAAGGUGAUGAAGGCUUGGACUUCUCAGACUCUUUUGGUCGGGGGGGUCGUCAUCACAGGUCUGCCUUUCCCUCCAAGAUGGACCCACGGGUCAUCCUGAAGAUGGAGUUUCUUGACGAGAUGAGCAGGAAGAGGGCACCUGGUCUUCAGUACCUGUCAGGGCAGCAGUGGAACCGUCUCCAGGCCUUCAGAGCGGUGAACCAGGCCAUUGGUCGAGUCAUUCGACACAAAGACGAUUAUGGCGCCGUCCUGCUGUGUGACCAGAGGUUUAAGAACGCUGAUGCACGAGCUCAGCUUCCAUCGUGGAUCCGACCGCACGUACGUCUGUACGACAACUUUGGAAAUGUGGUCCGGGACGUGUCGCAGUUCUUCAGGGUGGCACAGAAAAUGAGGCCUGUAGUGCAGAAGGAACACAACGCUGGGACAUCCAAGAACCCUGGGACAUCCGAGAACCCUGGGAAAGCUGCUGUUCUGGACACUCGGUGCCCCCCCACCCAGAGGGCCAAGGUUCUGGACGCCCACAUUCCCAGUCUGAAGAAAAGGAGACUGAACGACCCCCCAGGGGCCUCUGGAAUGGCCCGGCUUUGUGUGAAUAUGAAGGUGACGGCCCCGCAGACCCACAAGAGACCGCUUAACCUGUUUCCACGCUCUGGACCAGGGGGACCGUAUGGUGGUGCAGGGGUUUUUCUAGAAAAAAUUAGUAAGAGGGAGCACAGUCACUACUCACAGCUGGUGACCGUAGGUGAGGUGUCUCAGUAUAAAAGGACAGAUGUGGACGCAAAAGGAGGAAAACGGAAAAUCAAAGUGGUCCAUGAGCAGAAGCUGAGCAUGUCCUCAGCCGUGUGUGAGGAGGAUAAAGCCAGCAGAGCCAAGAGGUUGCAGGACAUGAAGAAGAGUCUGAGCCACGUCAAGUUUGAGCAGAUGGUCCAAGCCCUGCAGACCUACAAGAGGACGGACCACCUGGAUGGACUGCUGAAGACGGCAGCACUGGCUGAAGACGCCAACACGCACGGUCUGCUGAGAGGUUUUUACCAGUUCGUUCGUCCUCAUCACAAACUGUGCUUCGAUCAGACGGUUCUGGAGCUGACAGGACGAGGCUGUGGAUACAAACCUGUCCACUCUGUGUCCAAGGAGGACCGGAGCGGCCCCCUGUUCUGGUCCAGUUGGGUCUGGUCCAUUGUUCCGGUCCACGCUGCCUUUGUGUCAGAUGUUCAGUCAGUGUUGGGUUCAGUGAACAGUGGUCAUCUGUUCAGAGCCGUUCACAGAUACAAGAGAACAGACAACUACGAAGAACUGGUGUCUGUGGUGGUCAGUCUGCUGACAGAGGACAGGAACCACUUCAGUCUGUUACACAGGUUCUCCAUGCUUAUUCGCCCUCACCAAAAACAGUACAAGGAAAUGUUGGAGGAUUUAAGUGGAGGGUCAGGACUGACUGCACAAGAAACCACGAAGAAGAAGAAAAAACACCACAAAGAAGAAGAAAAAACACCAACCAAGAAGAUGUCUCUGGUCAAAACUCAAAGUAAGAUUUCAGCUUUUUUCUCAAACAGCCAAAGUAAGAACUGA